AUGUUUCAACUGAGUAACACAUUCAAUUUCUCCGGAUUGGUCAGGCUUGCUACGCUUGAUCUUGGUAACAAUAGGUUUACUGGUGUGUUACCGCCGACUCUUUAUGAUUGUAAGUCGCUUGCUGCAUUGAGGCUUGCGUCUAUCAGAUUGAGGGACAGAAUACUCACUGGUCUCAAGAAGCUUAGUACCCUUAUGCUCUCCAAGAAUUUUUACUAUGAAGUGAUGAACAUGAUAGAACCUGAUGGAUUCCGAAAUAUCCAAGUUUUAGGAUUAGGUGGCUGUAGUUUCAUAGGUCAAAUACCGAGUUGGCUUAAAAACCUGAUGAAACUCGAGGCCUUGGAUCUUCCGUUUAAUCAAUUCAAUGGUUCGAUACCUCCUUGCUUUGAAGGAAACUCUCAAUUGUGCGGUCUCGUUAUUCAACGCCCUUGUUCUCCUCAACGAAAUACUACCAGUACUUCAGCUAGAGCCUUCCAAGAUUUUUUCAUUGUUUAUAUUGUCAUUGUUUCGUUUGUUAUUCAAAUUUAUUUCUUCGUGACUUUUCUUUCAUAUGUUAGUUAA